AUGUUCUGCUGCAUUGGGUAUAAGUCUCAUACAGCCAAUUAUAUUUCUCAUGAGCUUUUAAAUAUAUUAAAUUUGUGGGAUAUACCCAAAUCUAAGAUUUUGGCUGUAGUAACAGAUAAUGAUUCUACAAUGUUAAAAGCAAUAAAAGAAAAUUUUGGAGAAAAUAGACAUUUACGAUGUUUUGCUCAUUCAAUUAACUUGGUUGCCGAAGGAUCUAUGAAAAAAGUUGAUGGAUUACUUGAUUUGAUUAGUAAAGUAAGAAAUAUUGUAAAAUUUAUAAAAAGAAGUGUGAACUGUUCUGACGAAUUGAGAAAAUUGCACAAGAAAAAAGAUGGAAAUAAUAUAAAAAAACUUAUUUUAGAUGUUGUUACUAGGUGGAAUUCUGUUUAUUUCAUGUGCAAACGAUUUUUAGAACUAAAAGAAGUAGUGAAUCAAAUUGUAUUAAAACAUAUAAAUGCACCUCAUAUGUUGAAUGUAACAUCAGAAAUUUCGGUGCAAAAAUAUGCAACAAUGAGUUUGGUAAUUCCUAUAAUAAGUUGCAUCAACGAUAAUUUAAGUACAAUGUUACCAACUUCCAGAAUUGGAGUAGAGUUCAAAAAUGCCAUAACUGAUGAGAUGAAGAAGCGGUUUGAAUUUAUUGAAAAAAAUUAUUUACUGUCUGUUUCAACUAUACUCGAUCCAAGAUUUAAAAAUAUACAUUUUAAAGAUGCUCUAGAACUUUCAAAACAUCUAAGAUUUAUAAAUAAUUCAAUAAAUAGUCUUAGUUCAACAGUAGAAGAAGAUCAUCUUUCAACUGAUUCUUCUGACUCUGCUUCGGAAUAUGAUAAUAUAGACUUAUGGGGACAUCAUAAAAAUUUGGCUCGAAAAUCACUUAAAACUUAUGUUGAUAAAACUAAUCUAGGAAAUCAAAAAUAUUUAGGCCCUGAAAUCACUAUAUAUUUGUCUACACCAGUAUCUCCAUUAAAAACAGAUCCAUUGAUUACUUGGGAAGAAUUAAAACCAAUGUAUCCAUUAAUUCAUAAAUUAGCUACAAAAUAUUUAUCUGGUGUUAGUACAUCGGUCCCAAGUGAAAGGCUAUUUUCUUGUGCUAGUAAUACAAUAUCAAAAACUAGAAACCGGUUAUGUGGAAAAUCUGCAUCAAAAUUGAUUUUUUUGAACAACUUUGCUGAUCAAUUUUGGCUUCUAUCUGAAUGA